AUGACCCUUCGUCAAGAGAAGGAUCGGCCGAGUGACAUAACUUUCGACUCAGAUCCUGCCUGGGAAGCAUACGGCACCAAGAAGAAGAAAGAUAGAGAAUCGCAUCGACUUGGAAACGCGAAGAAGGAGUCCAGACAAUCACACAGGUUAGGCAGUGCGAAUGAUGGGUUCGGGGAAGCAUCUAUUUCAUCCUUCGCUCUUGACGACGAAGGUGGGCUCAGCAAUGAUUGGAAAUCAUUUACAGAGGAUCGAGGAUGGAACGAGAUGGACAUGAAGCAAGCGAAGGCGUGGAGGACAGCACAAAGGGAGCGCAACAUGGCACGGGGGAAUGGGAGAGGAGGAUCAGUCUCAAGGGGAAAUUCAUCUUCAAGCAGUUUGGAUUUUGAUGACUUCCAGGAAGAACCACAACCUACACCAUUAAAGGUGAACCCAUCAAUUGGUAUUAGACGAGUGGACAGAUCAGCUUCAACGCGAAUGGUACCAAAGGUUAAGGUCAAUGGGCUGAAACAUAGUACCUCAGAAAGUCAACUCACGGGGAGCGAAGAACAAGCCCAGGAAGUCUCUCCACCUUCGAUGACGCGACAACGUAGUGUGCGACAAAACAAAUCUGGUGACAUCAAAAAUAUGCAGCUUGACGGGGCGAGUGAACCGACAGGGGCCAGACCCCGAAGGAGGACAUCGAGCGCUGCAAGUUUAAGCCUUGACAACGCUAUCGAGGGCUCAGGGACUGGUGGACGUAGAGCCCCACAAAGGACCAAGUCAUUGGAUGUGGACAUGAUCGGCACAAGCGACAACAACCUUGGAAAUGGUACAACAUCAUCGAAUAGCAAUCCCAGCAAAUCUCAGAGCUUUAGGCUCGGUGAUCUGCACGAAAAACCGCCAGGAAGGUCAAAAAGGCGAGCUUCUUCUGUCGCUCUAAAUGCACCACCACCACCACCACCACCACAUGUUCAGAACCCUACCGCUACCAGAACUGAAGCAGUACGGGUCAGAUCACGGAGACGUGCUUCUCUUGCUGUAGGCGCAGCGCCGUCUUCCAAUGUCCAAGAUUUACAACCCGAUGUUGUUCCAAACGAAGCAGCACGUGUGCGAUCCAGACGACGGGCAUCUCUGGCUGUAAAUAGAGCACCUGAUACCGCUGCUGGUCUUCAAAACUUGCACUUGGAUACUUCAAAUGAAACGCCAAGAAUAAGAACUCGGCGGCGUGCUUCCACGGCGGCGAAUGAUGUUAAUAUGAAUAGACGCAUAGGAGUCCAAAGGACCAAGUCCAUGGAUGUAGAUAUGCUGGGGUCCGGUGACAGUCGACUGGGACUAGGCCAAAGGAAGGGAAGUAGUAGGGCUUUGGGCGUGAUGCAUAGUUUUCGAAACGUUCGACGAAUUCAUUCAUCUGAAUCUCAAGUUAUGUCUCUCUGCAAUGCCAGUAGCCUUGGCAACGAGUCAGCGUCUGGGAUUACAGAUGAAACUGAAACUGAUACACCGCCCCCCCCUCCUCCUCCUCCUCAACAGUCUCGAAGUCCACUUACCCGUAGUCCACGUACCCGAAGUCCACGCAUGGCAAAGAAUUCUGACCUAAGCUCGAACCAUACUGAAUCAGCUAAGCUUGAACAAGAAGACAAGGCUGGGCCGGGCAGAAACAGGAAGAACAAACUCUCUCCAAGAUCCCGACGGCGGUUAAACAUUCGAAGGAUCAACUCGAUUGAUUCUACAUGCAGUUUUAGUGAAAGAGAUGUUGAAAAGGUAGUGUCGAAUGGCACCAAAAGCUUUGAAAGUCCAACCACGUCUCGGCAAACAGUGCAGGGGAAUCGCCGUCAAGGUCUACAGCGCGUGAACUCAAGUGGCCUUCAAAAUUUGAUGUCUGGUUUGCAAUCGAAGAAAAAUGCUGGUUUGGAAGCAGAAAUGAAUGAAGGAGAAAACCUGGCUUUAGAAUCAGCCAACACCGUCGCUCCAAAGCGUCUUCAGGCCCACCUUGACGAUGAAAAAUCGACAACAGCAGUAGGAUCGGCAGACUCAGUUUCAAAUGAUUCUUCAGCUGUGUCAAAUAAUUCGUCUACAAAUAGGGAUCUCCAAAAGACGCUAACUCGGGCAAGGUCAGGAAGAAUCCAGAAGCACAUUGGGAAAGAAGAUAUACCUGGUGAAGCUGGGUCGGUUGCAUCGGGCAGUGUAUCACAUUCUUCCACUGAGCGUUAUGAAGUGACACGCUCCCGUUCCAGCAGACUGAAAGUAGUUGGUGGGAACUCGAGCUCAAACAGUUUGAAAAGUGGAGAUUCAGAAUCCAUCAGGUCAGAGCAGAGUCGAUCAACGUCCAGCCAACUUUCUCGUCAGCGUCCAAGCGACAACGCUGCGCCUGGUUCAACGCCUGGCUCAACAUUAAGCGAGUGCGAAAGGACGCCAAACUCAUCACGCGUACCGCGAAAGCGGCGCGAGACUCCGAAACGGGGUGUCGAUAGAAGCAAGUCUAUUGACGAUUCUAUGACCUUCGGUGCUUGGACCUCUGGCGACUCGAGUGUCCGAAGCAGAAAGAAAUUGUCGAAAUCACCUUCCCGGCGGAAAUCAGUCGCCGCUGGAGAGUGCCAACCUCACUCAAAACUAUAUGAUAAGGAACGAGUGAAGAAUGGCGAUAAUACAAUUCACUCGCCAUUUGGGCCACAUGACAAGGGAUUUAUCACUUCGUUUUUGGGCUCUGCCCAACAAUAA